AUGUAACCUUCCUCGAAGCUGUCAGUCGACGUCAUGACUUCAGUGACCUAAGAACCAUCUUCCUCAGCCUUACGAUCGCCAAGCCAUUUCUUCAAUCUAGUGGGUGAUCAGGUAGCAUCCAGUGGGUCGGUCUCUGCAACCGACUACGUCACUGACGAUAUUAUACUCUCGUCAAGCUUCCGGGGACUCCUUCCUCAAGUCGAUCCCGUCAGUUCCGCCCAAUCGCUCGUCCUUUUCUCGUCGCUGCUGCCCUGUCUUCACUUUUCUCUCUAGUUGUCUCGGGAAUGCCUGUCUUCGUUACAGUCCCUUGCUUUCUGCAACACGCUGCGGACGUUAUCUUAUCAUGGCAACCAUUGAACAGCCCCCAAUUCAGCGUAUUCCGCGCUCCCGGUCAACCCGACUAGCGGAUCAAGCCGCGACGGCUGCCCUUUACGUGACGCACCCCGAGCGAAGACUAUCGGCUCGUGAACCAUCAGCGAUCGAGACUGAUCUGUCGAAUCUGAAAGUGCCAGGAUCGCGUCCGGGUUUCAGCCAUGCGUCGGCAGUGGCUGCUCUAGCGCACGCGAAGAGUAGGCAGCUUGAGGCCGAGAAGCAGGCUGCGGCAGCAUUUUAUGUCCAAGAUCUUCGGUCCGAUGUUUCGAGCCAUGGGGGAUACAGAGCUGGAGCCUCCACGCGCAGGGACCGUAAUUCAAUCUCGAAUGUCCCUCCAAGCACAGAAAUCUCCGUGGCCGACUUAACGUCAGAGGCGCGCCGCGAAAUCACCGAAAGAGAGAAAGCUGUCAGUGCUGCUAGGGGCGCUCUGUAUAGCACCAGGAAGCGAGCUGAAUCCGCACCUUCUAAAGCACCUUACGCGAAUUCAGCUGCUGGUCAAUUCAAAGACCUUGACAAUGCGAUGGAGGCUAGCAGGAUCCAGCACCUCACGAAUAUCAACCCUCAGCUCUUUACUGCGUCUCCCCCUGUGGCUCAGGAGAUAGAAGACCAGAGAAGGAAGAGUGUGCUGCAAGCAGCCGCUGUGUCGAUGGCGCGGGACAUGUACAGCCUUGCAGAAGCUACAGAGCCCGAACAAUUCUAUCCUUCCGCUCCUGUUACCCAGACAAACCAUGGACGUGUGCGUCAAAAACGAUCUGCGAGUAGACCAGAAGCAGGGGCCAUUCAACGGGCAGUGAGUCUGCAAGAGACCGCUCAAAAGCUUGCUGCACAGAAGCUGGCCAGUAUGCAGGACGACACCGCAGUAUAUCGGGAAUAUUACGGAAUUGAGCCGCAAACUACACGGUCCAGUCUGCCCACUCGCAGAAGGAGAUUGUCCCUGGACUCUGACGCAUCUGAAUUUGACGUAGAGCGGUCUAGAGAAAUCAGGCAUCAGAUGACUAGUCUUCGAACGAAGCUUGAUGCGGUGGAUGAACAAAGAGAGAAAGAUCGCGCCCUUUUGAUGGUCGCCGCAAAGAAGAAUGUCGAUGCAGUAUUGCAGGACAUGGAAAUGCGUGUCUGCGCUGAAACCGGGCGAGCCCCUCCUUCACUCCAGAAGGAGUGGGAAGAGGCGGCGCUAGCUCGUGCGCAAAAGGAUAUACAAGAUACUGACACGCAAUAUGCCUCAGGCGAGAGAGUCAAUCUUGGAGCUCAAAAAUUUGUUAACAUGUCCGACGUAGAGGCUCUUGCCCGCUCCAGGCUCCAGCCAACAUUCGACGAAAUCACUGAUCGUGCCGAGACCGAAAGAGCUAAAGAGCUAGAGCGGCGCCUGGAUGCAGAAGAAAUUCAGCGUCGCGAAAUCGUAGCACGUCAACGAGAGGCUGACCUUUUGGCUGAGGAGAAGCGGCAAAAAGCUUCUAUGAAACAAGAGUUAAAAGGCAAAGGAGAAAGGACUCGGCUGUGGAGGAAGUCUAAGAGGACCCAGGAUAAUGAGCCCACCUUAGGGACGCCCUCCCCAACCAAGGCCACUGAAAGACUGAAAGGCGCUGCUGAGGCACCUGCAGAAAGUGCGCCGCAAGAAACGGGGCAGCCACAGACCGCCGAGGCAGGCAAUAAAGCUACGGCUUCAGGUGCAGUGGUAGAUUCAAGCCCUAUGGAGCCUAUCACGAGAACAGAAUCAAAACUCAAAACGUGGUUUAGUAAAUUAGGUAGCCGUCGUCCCAAUUCAGGUACUGGCGAGGCCCCGAAGGUAGCGGGGGCCGAUCAAGAGGCGCCUGCAGAAAUGGCGGAAGAGACAAUUCGGGCAGCAGAAGGACCAAAUGAGCCAGCCGAGACAGCUGAAGCAGACGAGGUAACUGAUGAUGACGAACGCGGAGCUCCUCUCAGGUCCAAUCCUGUUACAGCAGAUGAUCUACAAGUAAUGCAGAGAAACUCCGUGCAUGAAGGCACUCUGGAGGGGGUGGGAUCUGAAGGCCAGGUGGCUCAGCAAGGGACCAGGGAGACAUCUGAGCAUAAUGGCGAUAAACGAUCUCGUCUAAAGUUCAGGCUUUCCCAGAUGGUCUCGAGAAACUCGCAAGAUACUAAGACGAACGGAGUUACAGAUUAUGGUAAGGAAACCGAAGGAGGAUCUGCACCCGUCGAACAUACUGCUGCAGAUGAAUUGCCGUCGCAUACCACUGACCGAGACGAACUACGUGAGAGUGCUACCGAGCAAGGACUUCCCACUCCGCCUGCAAUUGGAAAGCGAACAAGCGACGGCACUGGUCGUGAAUCUCGGUUCUCCGAGGACUUGUCAUAAUGUAUUUGUCCUGAUCUCAAUGUUUCUCAAUGUUUCUGUGUUCUUGUUGCGGUUUCCAGAUUCUUUUCUUGAUUUCCUCCCCCCCCCCCCCAGCUUCCCUUAACUGCGGCGUGGGUUACAUACUUUUCGGAGUCGGGUAUACUAUAGGAACGGCCAGGUGAGGCGUUUCGAAAGGCUUCCAAUACAUAUGAAAGGAUAUUAUGCCUUGACUACUUCUGCUACAAGUUUGUCCGUGGAUUCAC